UGUGCCAGUAAAUACGGAGUGGUCGGAUUCAGCCAAUGUCUGGCAAAUUUUCACUACUUGAGCAAAGUACGUGUCCUUACGUUAUGCCCGGGCUUCACGUCCACGCCGUUACUUAAUGUAACGCCCGAUCAAAUGCUGGACUUCGUCGACUUUAAUGUCUCCAACCUGAAGCAAUUGAUGAAACAACCGUCUGACAAUGUAUCGCGCGCGCUGCUACAUCUUUUGCGGAAUGCUAAAAACGGCACGAUCUGGGUGAGCACAGAAAAUCAUCCAGCGUACGCUGUGGAGAUUCCUCAUUUUUCCGAACUAGCUGUAGCUAU